CCGAGCCGUUCGGCAAUAUGUGACUCCUGCCUCUUCAUGGUUGCUUAGAGCAUUGCUCAGCUCAGCGGUCGUUUUCAGUGUUACUUCGACCGUCGCGGAGGUCGGACUCUUGUUCAAAUGUCAUUUCACGUGGCGCGAAAUUUUCUUUUUCUCAUUGAACUAUCGAAUUUGGAAAUUUAUUUCUAGAAACUUUACUGAAAAAUUUUGAAAGAACUUGAUUAUGAUAAAUUUAACUAGAGGAAUUUAUUUAAACGAAAUGAAUUAUUUUGAAAUAGUAAGAAAUGUGAAAAGACAUGAGAAAUGCAAAUACAUGUAUUGAAAUGUCAAAUACUUGUUUCUUUUUUUUUCUUUUUUUUUUUUUGAACCAAACAAAGUGUGAGUGAAUGAACUCGCGAUGAGGUUUUUCGAUGGAAAGGUGACCGGUUGUGUGGUGAAGUUUAAUGCACUUCAGGAUAGUGUUUAUCAAGCUCAUCGAUUGGAUUAUUCGCGAGGCAAAAUAUUCGUGAGGGAAUCGAUUUAAAUUUUACCCGCGCAUAAUUUUGGUGCGCGCGGUUUUCUGUAAAAUGUUUGAAAAUUGAAAUUUAAAAAAAAAAAAACAAAAUUUAUGAUAACAGUGAUAAAGUUUCUGUUUUUUUUUUUAAAUAAAAAGUUUUAAAAAAAAGUUGACAGUCACUGUUGAUGACAACGAGAGGAUAUUUUCAUAUGUGCCGGCAUCGAUAUACUGUUUACGCAAGUGGGAUAUACUUUCCGUUGAGAGAGAGCACGUGGAUACAUCACUGAUGAAACUUGCCGCGCAAGGAAUGCGAUCUUAUCUCGCUCAGAGGCGAGAGUGGAAAUUUGUUCAAUGAGAUAAUGCGCAAAAAUGGAGACAGUGCGUGAGAAUGGAGCUCGUUGGGUGAAUGGAUCAACGGGAAGUGAAGUGUCGGGUUCGCCCUCAAAAAGUGUGAAUCAUUUAAAAAUCGUGGAAUGUGAUGUUGACAGUGACAAGGUUCCUGAAGAAUUUACAAAGGAAGAAAUGGAUCCGUACAAGGAAUUGGAAUUAUACCUCGCGAAAGUAAAUGAGGAAAUAAGCGAGAUAAUAGAAUCAGUCACACCAUCAUCGUUAAUCAACAACACUGAGAAAUGUUCAUCAAAUACAAAUAAAAUAAAAUCAUUUAAUUCACCAACAUCAAUGACGAGAGAACGUUCAUAUGGAACAAAUUCAUUGCCAUCGAGAAAACAUUUAUUACGACAAAUAUCAAAUAAAAAAACAAACAACAAUAUUUCAUUGAGAGAUGACAUUAGCGAUUGGUCAGAGACAAUUCUUGCCGAAUUUAAUGAUAUUAUUGCCAAAGAGAUCAAUGAACUGACUCGUACCAAAUUAAAUUGUUCAAAACGUAACAAUUAUCCUGUUAAGGAGGAAAAAAUUAAUUAUAAAGAUUUACUCAAUGAAUUUGGUAUUGCCGAUAGUAGUAAUAACAGUUCAACAAAUAGUUUAAACAAUUUGGAAAUAAAUGAUAUUGAACGAAAGCACAGUUCAUUAAAACGAACAAAUAAAUAUCAAAAUGAAAUACCGAAAAAUUUUAAUUCCAAUAAAAAUGAUCAUUUAAUUUUUCAAAAACGUCGUUUAAGUGGAAGUUUACCGGAGAAUCUUCAUGUUCUCGAAACAAGAGAUUAUCGGGAAAAAUUUUUAAAUCACAAUUGGAGCGAAUGUCAAUCAAUGGAAUCAAAUGAAAAUUUAAGAAACACCUCUAGUCGAAAAAAUGAUUUUGAUUUGAAAAAUCCAACAGAAUGCCAAGAACCAAAGAAUGGAAUAAAUCCAAGAAAUACUAUUAAAACUACCACAGGACCAUGGAGUGGAUUUAAAACACGUUAUCUUGAAAAUAUCAAUGCCAAAUUACCACCAAGACAACGACAAGAGACGAGAAAAAAAAUCAAUCAAUCCUCAUCAUCAUCAUCAUCAUCAUUAAAAGGCAUCAAUAAACGAAGAAAAUUUAAUUACGAAAAAUCACAAUCAAAUGAUUAUCAUGAAACAAGAUCAAAAUCAUUGGAAAAUUAUUUACCACGUUCGGCGCCUGUCACGCCCAUUGAGGAGAAAAAAUUACCAUUUUCACGAUUUUUAAAAAAACGCAAUAACACACCAAUAUUUCACGAUGACAAUGACAAUGAAGCAAUAUUGGUGCGUGUCUCAUCGUUACCCGAUCAGGAUUUAUUACAUUUAUCAAGUAACGAACAAUUGUCAAGGGUGAAAAAAAGAAAUGACAUUGACGAUACAUUGAGAAUAAGGGAUCUUUCUCCAUUGACAUUAAGAUCUGAUCUCACGGCAAAAAGACUCUCUGAAUCGAACAAAGAUAUUGGACGAUCAAGUCCUGUUAAUUUAAUGAAAUUUCCAUUUCGGAGGUCAAAGAGCAACGAUGUGGCUGUUGAGUGUCAUUUUCCCGAUAUCGACAAGAGAGACGAGGAAAUUAUCAACGGAAAUGAAAAAGAGAUCAAGACGGUUAAUGAGAAUGAGAGGAAAAUUAUUGACGACGAUGGCUCCAAAUCGGGUUCGUUGCCAAUUUCCUUACAUUCUCUACUAUCAAAAUUUCGAAGUGGGUCGGGCACCUGUUGUACGAGUUCACCACCUACAGAAUCAUUCACCUGUGCCGAUAUAGCAACACAAACAUCGCCUGCAAUUUCACGAAGCUCAAGUUUUACCUGGGUCAGUGACUGCGAAUCUCCACGAGCUGACUCUCGAGUGGAUGUGCAAUCACUUCAAGACGUAACGACCUUGGAUAACGCGUCUCCCCAACACACUGUAGACGAUGAUAACAGAUCAUCAUCUUCCUCUCAAGACUUACUGCAAAGUAUGGACGAAAUUUCCUCCGGCAGUGUAUCGCCAGACACAACAGAUCGAGCGUCACCUCUCGAAAGUGGAAUUGGCACUGCAAGCCCACCAAGAAGUUCCGAACGACGUUCUAUUAAACCGGCGACAUCGAACAAAUGUCACCGCAAAGAGACUUGGGAAAGAAUACGACGUCGUCCCUCAAAGUUGAAUUCCCGAUUGGAAAAGGGAUCGCAGGACGUUUGGAUAAAAAGAGAAAGCGUUCACACGCAAACUCGACGACACGAUGAGGAUCACUAUUCACAUGAUGUUGUCGACAGUAGUAGUGGUUUAGAUGAUUCCCUACCAAGAAUAAAACCAAAUAGACCCAACAAUCUACCACUGGGUCUCUCAAUAACCGCAAGUAGCUCGUUGAGCUCUGGAGAAUUAUUAGAAACACCGCCACGUGCUCCUUCAUCUCCAUCUGCGGCGAGCCUUCAACUUAAAUCUGAGCCCCUUGCAAUUGAAUUAGGGGGAAAAAGUAGCAGUGCCCCUCUUUUAGAAAAUAACAACGCAGACAAGGAUGACUCACAGAAACCUGUUCUACAGCAGCCGAGGUCACAGUCAGAACGUCAAUUAUCAGAAAUUGAAGCCCAAGAAACUUGUAAAUGGUUGAGAGCUGCAGGAUUUCCGCAAUAUGCACAAAUGUAUGAAGACUACCAAUUUCCAAUAGAUGUAUCGAGUGUGGCGAAGGACCAUCCGUUUUUGGAGAGAGAUUCUUUGCAGAGUCUCUUUCGAAGACUGCACGCACUUAAUCGUUGCGCCAACAUGAAGUUGGAUACUCAUCACCAUACACACCAUCAUCAUCAUCAUCAUCAUCAUAGUACAAGUCACAGUAAAAGCGGAGGAGGAGGCGAUGAUUCUGAUGAGGAAACACAGUGUGCAUUAAGCGAGAAUUGGAUGUUUGAAAAGAAAACAAGAAGAUGGUCGCGUGUAUGUGAUGUGACACAAACGAAUCUUGAAAAAUUGCAAACAAUCGCAAGUCAAAAUAUACCAUCCGAAGAGGAAUCAAUUGAAGAACGUCUUGAAGUUGAAGAAGCUGAGGAUCAAUUAGAUAAUUUUAGAUAUUCCAGUCUUCCUCCAGGUACAACGCCCGAUGAUAUUGGUCAACGUUUUCGUCGCACUGGUUCCGAACGCAUUAAAGAUGGUGCAAAAGCAUUUUUACGACGUGUCGAAUCAUUAAAAUCACGUCGAAGAAAACGACAAAAUCGCGAUGGCGUUGUUAUUAGUGGACCACAGGUCCUUGAUGUUAUAUCAAUGCAACAAAAAAUGAAGGAUUUAAAUUGCGUUGAUGUCUCGCCAACAGGUUCAGCACCAUUAUCAUUCAAUGAUCUUCUAUUGCCAUCGACGCCAUUUCAUUUACCAGCAUCGCCACUCACCUUGCCAGCAUCACCUAAUCAUCUUCCACCAUCACCAAUGACUAAUGCACCAAGUUUAUUUGGUGAUGACUCGUCAAGUUAUUGUUCCGAUGGUUCACAAGGCGGAGGACCAACACCAACACCCACGCGUACGAAAAUGAAUCGUGCACGAAAAUUUCUAAAUCGUGGCCGUGAAGAUCAGGGUGCUCUUAGUGAUUCCGAAUGUCAGCCAACAAGCUGGAGGCAAAGGUACUUUAAGGAUGCUAAUAGUAAUCAUACAAAAGUUCUAGAAUGUGUCUCACAAAGUCCAAAGGAAUCGCCAACAAGAUCGGGAACAAUUAUUAAUCGCGGUGGUAGUUUACACGCUAGUAAAGAAUCCAAAUUUAGGGAUUCAUCGAUUAAUCAAGAGAAGGUUACAUCAUUGAAACGUGAGGAUAAAUUUCACAAAAGUUUUAGACAUGGACGUGAAGAUAUUUACAGGGACGAUAGAUCACCAUCCAAGGAGAUUACAGUUUAUCGGGAAAAAUCAAGAAGUAAAAAUUCCGAUUUAGCGGGUAGUCAAGAAAGUAGUUCGACAGCAGCGAGUAAGGAUUCGGAUCAAGAAGAAGAUUCGCCAAAGCACAAGAGUACAGUCGUUAGGUGGCAUAGCUUUCAAAGAGGUUCUCUUAAUCCUGAAGCAUUGGAUCCACUUUGUCGUCGAGCGAUGGCAUCAAUGUCAUGUGGUCAACUAUUGGUACUGAGGAAAUUGGCACUUUUAAAGCUAACCGCCUGUAUGGAACGAUAUUGUCCCACUCAUAGAACAGGUUGGAAUUGGGAAUUACCGAAAUUCAUUAGAAAAAUCAAAUCGCCUGAUUAUAAAGACAAAACAGUUUUUGGUGUUCCCUUGUUACUAUCAUUGCAAAGAACAGGUCAAGCUCUGCCAAAAUGUAUUCAAAUUGCUUUAAAAUGGCUCAAGACAAAUGCUCUCGAUCAGGUGGGACUGUUUCGAAAAAGUGGAGUAAGAUCUAGAAUCCAAAAACUAAAAGUCAUGACCGAGACACAGGGUGACAAUAUCAAUUUUGAUGGACAACAGGCUUACGAUGUUGCCGAUUUAGUUAAACAAUAUUUUAGAGAAUUACCUGAAGCAUUACUCACUAAUAAACUAUCCGAGACAUUUAUCGCUAUUUUCCAACACGUUCCAGUUGAACUACGUCCCGAUGCAGUUCAAUGCGUCCUGCUACUAUUGCCAGACGAGCAUCGAGAAGCAUUGGAAUUUCUUCUCGACUUUCUCAAUAUUGUCGCGAGUAAUUCGCCCUACAAUCAAAUGACUGCUUCCAAUUUGUCAGUAUGCUUAGCGCCGAGUUUAUUCCACUUCAAUCAUAAUGCCAAUGUGACUAAUAGGUCAAAUAGUGUCUCGCCACGAAGAAGAAAAACCGUCGGCACUCCUGAUCAAAGAGAACUCUCCGAAAACAAAGCAGCGCAUGAUUGUCUUUUAUAUCUUGUGAAAAGUCAUCGCGAACUCUUUAUGGUGUCAUCAGAUAUGUUGACUCAAUGUCAUUUUAAUUAUAUGGAGGAAAGCAUUCCCGUGGGUUUGGAGGAACUUGGAUCAGAAUUGAAACAAGAUUGGAGGGGCUAUUUAAAUGCCUGUACGACCGCCUUAUUGAAAGAAGCACGAGAAAAAAGCCGUGGAUGGGUGACAGUUAAUAAUCCAGCUGAUUCUAGUGUCGAAGUUGCUUACAAAAAAGUCGGAGAUGGACAUCCCCUUCGUCUUUGGCGAGUUUCCACUGAUGUGGAAGCACCACCCAAUGAAUUAUUGAAUCGAGUUUUAAGAGAACGAGACAUUUGGGAUCAUCAAUUAAUUAAAUAUCAACUAAUCAGUAAAUUAGACACAAACGUCGAGAUUUUUCAGUAUGUCACUGGAAAUAUGAGUCCUCCAUUGCCAGUCAGAGAUUAUUGUGUUUUAAGAUCAUGGCGAAAUGAUUUACCUAAAGGUGCUUGUGUAAUUGUCGAAACAUCCGUCGAGCAUCCAAAUGCUCCUAUCACAUUUGGAGGAACGCGAGGCAUUGUUUUAGCAUCUCGAUAUUUAAUUGAACCUUGUGGAAGUGGCAAAUCUCGCAUUAUGCAUCUAUCCAGAGUUGAUACAAAAGGAAGAACUCCUGAAUGGUACAACAAAACUUAUGGACACAUUACUGCUCUUCAUCUGAGUAAAAUUCGCAAUUCCUUCAAACACACGACGGAUGGUCCAGAGAGUAAAGUUUGAGAUAGGGAUUCCGUGCAACAUUUAUUGUUGCACGGAAGCAUACAAACGACUUCAAUCUAAAUGCGUGAAAAAUUUUCUAACAGAAAAAUAUGAAGAUCAAAAAAGAUCUUGAAUAUACGCGAAGAAGAACUUCAUGGGCAUUUUUACGAAUAUAGAAAUGAAAAUGAAUUCAUUUCUAUAGAGAUGGGCCUGGCAAACCAAUAAAUACACAUUAAUUUGUGUUUAAUUGUCUAACAAUAAUAAUAAUAAGAAUAAUAAUAAAAUUGCUUUCAUUCCAAAUCUCGAAGAAUUUUUGAACGACAAAUAAAAAAAGCGAUAAUAAGUACUUGAAUUUUGAGCAGUAUAUAUGACAAAAAAAAGGCUAUUUAAAUAAAGCCGGACUUUUUUAAUUGCCUCAUAAAAGAGGCAAAAAAAAAAAUGUUAAUUUAAUUAAGAAAUCAUGAUUUUAUAAAAUCAAUUUGAUGACUUUUAUACUUUACUUUCGGACCAAAGCUAAUUUUUAUUAUAGAAAAGUAUCUCGUAAUUCGUUUUAGUAUUAAGAAACGUUAAAAAAAAACAAAAAUAUUAUGCAUGAAUAGAAAAAAUAUCAAAUGUAUAGAGACUUAUCUAAUUAUUGUUGUUCUGAAAAAAAAAGAAAAGAAAAGAAAACAUUAAUGUAUAAUUAUAUAGUAUUUCAUCGUGAGAAAGAAAACGCUUAAAACAUUCUGUGUAUUUCAUAAAAAUUUAAAAAUUCGAGAGUGCAAGUUAUUUCAAGAAAAAGAAAUAAUUAGUUUUUUAGAAAAAAAAAGUGUGUGUGUGUGCGAAUGUGAAAGAAAAAAAAAGAAAUUUAUAAUUUAAAAACAAAAAAACUCGUAACCCUUGUAAAUAUUUGAUGUUAAGGAGGGAUAUUAAAACACGAGUUUGUAGGCAUCGAGUGACGAAAAUUGAUGUCUAUGCAGUUACCUGAAUUAUGUUAUAUAUAAAUAAUAAAUGACGUAAUCGGCUCUUAAUGUGUUCGAAGUGUUAAGUACCAGUUAAUUCAAGUUACCUGCAAAAAUUUACAGGGACCAUAUUUAAAAAAAAAAAAGAAAAAAAAAUUGGAGCCCAAAAAAAAUCAAUGACCUGCGCAUAAUAACCUAUAUCGAAUAGAUGUAUUUUAACAUAAUGCUAGUCACACUGUAAGAACAGUGACAACACAAUGAAUGUAUAGAUUUUUAUUCCACUGCGUUAAAUAUAAAAAGAUGUUUAAAAUUCUAUUAUAUGCACUGCGAGACAUGCAAAGAGGAAUGCAUGUGAAAAAAAUAUAUAUAUAUUUUAUUUUUCUGUCUAAAAAAAAACAAACCCGCUAAUCGCGAAAGAGUGGAAACAAAUGUGUCUUCGUGUCGUGUAAUGAUUAUCUCUAUUCUUAUAAUCAAUGUCUGUUAAGUUGUACAUAUGUAUAUUAAGUAUAUAACGAAUAUAUAUUCAUUAAAUAUA